AUGGAUCGUGAGGAAAGAAACUGGAAUCUCAUCGAGGCGAAUACGGACGGGUUUGUUUAUGCUAACAUGUCAGGAUUGCAGACUUUUGAUGCGGAGGACAUCAUCAGCUUCUACGCAGCCAACUACCUACCCGAAGAGCAGACGGAGGACGAACAAAAUCGAAUCAUGCAGACGUUUAUAAAUGCCAUUCGCCGCGUCGGGCUUGUCGACUUGCCGUAUGCCGCUAUACUCGCCGGUCGUCUCCCUUGGCCCGCCGACAGCCCAAGAGAGUCUCCUACCAGACAAUUCCCGGAAUCGCCAGCUGCCCUCGACGUUUACAGUCCUGUAGACAACGACCCGUUGCCCUCCCCGAUCGACAGCGACAGCGACGGCUCCUGGCCCGAGGAAGAGGACGCCGACGAGCUGCAUAUGGACCCACCCUACUUCCAGUUCCGACUUGUUACUUCAAACGAACCAGCUCGACCACGCAGCACGUCAGAACCGUUCUAUGAACCAGACGUUGACUGUGCGGCAAUGCUGAACCAUCUCCGUGACAACAUCUUGGACUUGAGGCGUCUCAAGGACGGGUUUUCCCAAAUGAUUCCGGUAAUGAAGGAGCGGGUCAACAUCGUGCGCCGAUUCUCUUUCUGCACUCAAGCUAAAACUAGCGAACUCGUCCGGCUGCUAACUGACGCGGAGCUUACAAUCUCUGAGAUCUCGCUCCCGAACGAGAACGGUCUGUCACACACCCGUUGGGGGGUGCUGUGCCGAGCCGUUCACAACGCCGAAGACAUGCUGGUCAGCCUGAAGGGCGACUUCAGCAGGGUCGACCAACAUCUGAUCGAGUUUGAGCGGACCUUGGUUGGUGAAGAGAAAAAGACUCGUCUGGCCCUGUUUCGCUAUGAACGAGCGAGGUACAGAAAACCUUUCCAGGAUGUGGUGGACAGUCUGCGGCUUUCACACCUACGUGAGCAGUUUGCAUUCCCUCGUUUGAGUCCCGACCCGAGGCCGCUUGAUGCUGCGGCUCUCGCCGCUAUCGCAGCCGAGGACGGCGACUGCGUCAUCUGCCGCGAGGACCUAGGUGAAGGUGAAGCCGCCGUCAUCUCCUACGAUUGCAUGAAACCAUAUCACACGGAUUGCCUUCUGAGUUGGUUCAAUGAAACACUUGCUCACACGUGUAACGACAUGACGUGCCCGUCGUGCAGAGAGGUGUGUUAUACAGACGAUUACGGCGAACUGGUCGAACACAGAAAUCGGCAGCUGCGGUGUUUGUGA